UCAUCAAAAUCUGAUUGAUGGUAUGGGGAAUCAGUUCGUCAAGAAGCCAAAGGUCACCGAUGUCGAUCGUGCAAUUCUUGCACUCAAGACCCAGAGACGCAAGCUUUCUCAAUAUCAACGAAAGCUUGAUGCUGUUAUUGAAGCGGAAAAGCAAGCUGCACGAGACUUGAUUCGUGAAAAGAAGAAGGACAGGGCCUUGUUAGCAUUGAAGAAGAAAAAAGCACAAGAAGAACUGCUGAAGAAAGUGGAUUCCUGGCUUAUAAAUGUUGAGCAACAAUUAGCAGAUAUUGAACUUGCAAGUAAGCAGAAGGAUGUCUUUGAUAGUUUGAAGGCCGGAAGCAAUGCAUUGAAGGCGAUACAGAAUGAGCUAAACAUCGAGGAUGUUCAGAAACUUAUGGAUGAUACAGCUGAAGCUAAAGCUUAUCAAGAUGUAAGUUUAACUGCCUCUAAAUUUGUUUUGCUAUCCAUAUUUUGCUGCUGCUUUUCUCUUUUCCCAUUCAUUAUUUCCCUUCCUUGCUUACUGAUGGAUGCCACUAUUUUCUUGAAUUUAAAGGAAAUUAAUGCAAUAUUAGGAGACAAGUUAUCAGCAGAAGACGAGGAGGAAGUUUUGGCUGAAUUUGAAAACUUGGAAACUCAGCUUAUUGAAGACGAUCUUCCUGAAGUUCCCACAGCAGCGUCUAUAUAUACAGACGAGAAACUGGACCUUCCUGUCGUCCCAACCACGGCAGCGGAUGUGGAAGUUGCUGCCAAUUCUACAAAGAAAGUUAUGGAGGAACCCCUGCCAGCUUGAAAGAUCAUUUGUGACCUGCAUGCAAAUUUUGGGGAAGCAUUGGCCUCCAGGUAUUUAUGCCCUUACAAGUUACAUUUUCAAUUUGGACUUGGCAUAAUUAAUUUGCACAGCUUUUGCCAUAUAUAAUACGUCAAUGACACAAAAGAGCAUAUUGUAAAGAAAAAAAUAUAGGUAUUAAAUUAGGGUCGUAAAUCGUAACCUCAAAAAUCAAAAGUAACUAAAAAAAAAUAAACAGAUUGAUAACUAGUAUUUUUAUGAAAUUAAGAAAAAAAUAGACUUAGUUAUUAUUGGAUCAUUAAAUUUGAAGAUCACUAUUCUUCCCAUAACUAGGUAAAUUU